CACCUAGCUACGCAGUUGUUUGCUUUAUCGGAUUUGUUGGAAUUUUCCACUACGGAGUUUGUUUACAAUAUAGUUUAGAAGUACCGUGUAGACUGGCGGAUAAUAUACCAAAACCAAACCGGAACGGAGCAUUUCGAGAAAUAGCUGCGAUCUCUCCGGGGCUACGUGUCGCAGUUCGUCCGUUUUUUGUUUUGGACUUUGAGGAGCGGAUGGGGCUAACUAACUGUUAACAUCGUUCGGUUAGAUAAGCUACUGGAGCCCGGAGCGGGGUUAGCCUUUAGUAGUUGAGAUGGAGUUUCUUGGAGUCGGCGGAGGAACAGGUGGAGUGGUGGUGAGCGGUGGUAACGUCCCGGCCUUUCUUACUAAACUCUGGACCCUUGUGGAAGACCCGGAGACAGACCCUCUGAUCUGCUGGAGCCCGAGUGGAACCAGCUUCCAUGUUUUCGAUCAAUGCCGGUUCUCUAAGGAGGUCCUACCAAAGUUCUUCAAACACAACAACAUGGCCAGCUUUAUUCGACAGCUCAACAUGUAUGGUUUCCGUAAGGUGGUGCACAUCGAGCAGGGUGGCUUGGUGAAACCAGAGAAAGAUGACACAGAGUUCCAACAUCCAUUUUUCGUCAGAGGGCAAGAGCACCUGCUGGAGCACAUCAAACGAAAAGUCACCAACGUGUCAUCAGUCCGUCAGGAAGAUGUGAAGAUCUCGACAGAUGAAGUCAACAAAAUCCUGAGCGACGUUCAGCUGAUGAAGGGAAAACAGGAAACCAUCGACUCCAGGAUCAUUGCCAUGAAACAUGAGAAUGAGGCUUUAUGGAGGGAGGUGGCCAGUCUGAGACAGAAACAUGUGCAGCAGCAGAAAGUUGUCAACAAGCUGAUCCAUUUUCUGGUGUCUCUUGUCCAGACCAACAGAAUCCUGGGAGUCAAGAGGAAGAUACCCCUGAUGCUCAAUGACUCUAUCUCCGCCCACUCUAUGCCGAAGUACAGCCGACCCCUGACGCUGGAGCACAUUCAGAACGCAGCCGCCAAUCUCCUCUCACCGGAUUCACCGCUGAAUUCUGGACCGAUCAUCUCGGACAUCACAGAGGAAGCGCCGUCCUCCCCGGAGGAAGCGCUGUCCUCCCCAGAGGACGCAGCCACUGACUGGACCAGCCUGGAAGAGAACCGCUUGACUUUUAUCAAAGAGGAGCCAAGCAGUCCCGAGGUGGAGGAGUGUCCUGUUCUGGAGGUGGAGCAGGAUUCACUCCCAGCAAACGUUGACACGCCUCUGUCCCCCACCACCUUCAUCAACUCUAUCCUUCAGGAGGAAACACAGCUGCCGCAGGUCACCUCCUCCUCCUCCUCCAUCUCCUCCUCCACCACCACUGCUACCACCACCAUCACCCCAGCAGCUCCGCCUGUGGUUGUGAUGAGCCCCGCCUCUGCCGGGUCCGUUCAGUCGGCUCCUACCGUCAAAUUUCCGGCCUCUGUUUCCAGCUCGAAGUCCGCCUCGGUCCCAAGCCCCGCCAAUCCUAAACAGAAAUGUCAGACCAUCGCCCGACUCGACAGGUUCCUCCCCCCACCGCCUGCAGGUGGACACACACCUGAUGUUUGGCGCGUCCUAUCGAAACAUCCUGAGAAGUUCGAACUCUCCGAUCACGUCGACAGUAUUGACAACAGUUUAGAAAACCUGCAGGGUAUUUUGAACUCUCAAACCUUCACCUUUGACCCGUCUCCCCUCAUGGAGUUCUUCAGCUCAUCCAUUCCCUCUGCAGACUUUGACAUCGAAAGUUUGGAUAAUCUGCUGUCUGACGAAGCCCCUAAAGAAAGUGAAGACAGAACAGGGAAGCAGCUGGUGCAGUACACCGCCACGCCUCUCCACCUGACUGAGCCGGUGGUCCUGGGGGAAGGCGACGCCGACCUCCCGUCCCUCCUGGAGUACGAAACGGAGCCGCUGUUCAACUCUGAUGCGGCUGGCGACGACCCGCCCGACGUCCUGCUGAGCCCCUCCCAACUGGACUCUAACCUCUAAUAUCCUGAAGAAUGUAAUGACUCCUCAGUAACAACAUGACACUGGGCAGCAGCUCAGCAGCAGCAAUAGACGACAACAACGAAGAAAUCGAUGGGUUGUAGAUCAAUCAUUAGGUCAAAUGUCAUGUUUUUAUCAGGCAGAUGUUAUUAAUCGAUAUUAAUCCAUUUCUAUACUUUAGGAUUUUUAUUUUAGGUUUUAUUUUUGUGUUUGCCACCUAAAUCAAAACCUUUCUUUGUUGCUUGUUGUAAAAAAAAAAAAAAAGGAAUGAAAAGUUAAAAAAAACAAAAACAAACCGGGGUCACAUGCGCCUGCUGGUGUAUUCAGGGACAGAUCUGGAGGCGGUCGCACGGCGCGUGAUGUCGGGGUCAUGUGACCCUGGUGAUUACCGCAUUGCAUGUUUAAGUCACAUUUGAUGGCUGUAUUUGUUUUCACGUUUAUAAUUUAAACAUAAAGAAGAGGAUCGGAAUAUUUUUGGAAGAUUUUAUUGCAGAGUGUUUAUCCUCGUCCUGUUGUUUCAUCAGACAGGAUCGCUUCAUCCAGACCUUUCCUGAGGUCUACUGCGUAUUUUCUAACGCUGGACCCCUCAUUAGGCAUGGGCCGCUACGACAAGUCUGACGGUGUGUGUGAAAAAUGCUACAGUAUCACUGUAUGUACACAAACAUGUAUGACACGAUCAGUCUGCAAAUAUCUCUACUGCUACUAAAAUUGCUGUUAUGUUAUCAGCAAAACUUAUUGAUUAUUUUAGGUUUUUAUACUUAGAUUUAAGCAGAGAUGUAGAAUAAAACACUUGGUUGUUUUAGUGAUUUUUGAAACGCUUGUUGUGCUGAAUAUUGUAGCUUUUGUCAGUGUUUUUGCGAGUGGGAAGUGGAAAGGAUGCAAGAGUUUUAAUAGAUGACCAGGAGAGCGCAGCAAUAAGUCAGAACAUUCUGGCAUUUUUGGUAUUUUCUGAGCUUUUAGGAAGGAACAAGAUGGUGGAAAAUCUCAACGGUUUUUUGGAACCGCAGCUUUUUAAAACCUUGGUAGACUCUGAAACCGGUAGCCGGCCCAUGCCUACUCCUGAUAGUGCUGGAGUUUUGACAGAAACUUAAAGUAUCUCCAAAACAAAAAUAAGAUGAAAAACUUUUAGCAAGAGGUUUGUUAUGCUGGAGAGUUUUAACUGGACCACUUGCUCACAGAAAACAAGCUAGGUUAAAUCACUGUUUACUUUUCUUAGAAGGUUUCUCCGUCUGGUCUAAAACACAUUAGUUUGUCAGCAGCUCCAUCAGUUUUCUACAUUUUGGACCCAUUUUCCCAAAGUGAGUUUAGAGUGGGGGCAUUUCUGUGUAAUGGUACUUUUGUUGGGUCCAGUGUUGCCAGAACCAGAUCAGAUUUAUGGCAAAAACUUACUUCAGGACAUCAGGUGUCGCGUUUCAGUUUUAAUGAAACAUAUCCGAGAUUGUUUGUACUCACAGUCUCAAGCAUGGAUUUACCUUUUAUACUCACGUUUCUUUUAUUUGAAUAAACUUCCAACUUCAGCUGCGGAAGGAUUAUUAGAGCUUAAAGUGAAGUUACUUUAUUUAAAAUGUAUAAGGAAAGUUUGGCUGGGAUUGUGCAGGUUUAAUAUAUUACAAUAGCAAAGAUGUGUGUUUGAAACAAGGGCUGCACAUUAAGAAAACAUGAGAUUGCAACUUUAUUGAAGAAUAUACGGCACAUUUUCCUCACUCUUAACUUCAUCAACACUCCACUGUCUUUCUAGAGCUAUAGGCUCAAAAACCUUAUCAGGUGUGGAAAUGCUACAACUGAACAAAUACAAAUCUUAAUAACUUAAUUAUUGAAAAGUUGGUUCACU